GACUCAUCAAAAAAUCAAAGGGAAAAAGAAAUGAGAAUCCGAAAUGGGUUUGCAUUAUUACAACAUAAUCGUGUGUUGUUAGUGAUUUGGUUUCUGGGAUUUCUUGGAGGCCAAAUUACGUUUGGGGUUCAGAUUCUUUCCAAGUCGAAACUCGAGAAAUGUGAGAAGAAUUCUGGCUCUGAUAACUUGAAUUGCACCAAGAAGAUUGUUCUUAACAUGGCUGUUCCAAGUGGUUCGAGUGGGGGAGAGGCAUCAAUUGUGGCUGAAAUAGUAGAAGUGGAAGAGAAUUCAACUCAAAAGAUGCAAACUUUGAGAAUACCACCGGUUUUGACAGUCAACAAAUCUGCUGCUUAUGCCAUUUAUGAGCUUACAUACAUUCGAGACGUGUCAUAUAAACCGGAAGAGUAUUAUGUUAAGACACGCAAAUGUGAGCCAGAAGCUAGUGCAAAAGUCGUGAAGAUAUGCGAGAGGUUAAGGGAUGAAAGUGGUCACAUAAUGGAGCAUACUGCGCCAAUCUGUUGUCCUUGUGGACCCCAGCGCCGGAUGCCUUCAUCUUGUGGAAAUGUUUUUGACAAGUGGAUGAAGGGAAAGGCUAAUACAGCACAUUGUGUUCGUUUCCCAGGUGAUUGGUUCCAUGUUUUUAGUAUUGGUCAGCGAUCACUGGGAUUCAGUGUUAAGAUUCAGGUGAAGACAGGAUCAAAAGUUUCGGAAGUGUUUGUAGGUCCUGAAAAAAGAACAGUUUCAUCCAAUGACAAUUUUUUAAGAGUUAAUCUGAUUGGAGAUUUUUCUGGGUACACAAGUAUACCAUCAUUUGAGGACUUCUACCUUGUAGUUCCUAGACAGGGUGGCUCUGAUCCGAUUCAGAAUUUGGGAAAGAACUUUUCUAUGUGGAUGCUUCUUGAGAGACUCAGAUUUACCUUAGAUGGGCUUGAAUGUAACAAAAUUGGUGUUGGUUAUGAGGCUUUUAGUGGGCAGCCAAACUUCUGUUCUUCACCUUAUUGGAGUUGCCUGCAUAAUCAAUUAUGGAAUUUUUGGGAGGCUGACCGGAAUAGAAUUAGAAGAAAGCAGUUGCCAUUGUAUGGUAUUGAAGGAAGGUUUGAAAGAAUAAACCAACAUCCAAAUGCAGGGGCUCAUUCAUUUUCCAUAGGUGUUACUGAAGUUCUCAAUACAAAUCUCUUGAUAGAAUUAAGAGCUGAUGAUGUAGAUUAUGUUUAUCAAAGGAGUCCUGGAAAAAUAAUAAGCAUCAAUAUACCAACAUUUGAGGCCCUUUCUCAAUUUGGGGUUGCUACAAUCACAACUAAGAACACUGGCAAUUUGGAAGCAUCGUAUGGCUUAACGUUUAAUUGCUCAAGAGAUGUUAUCCUCAUGGAGGAACAAUAUUUUAUCAUGAAGCCAAAAGAAGAAAUGAUCCGAUCAUUUAAACUCUACCCUUCAACAGAUCAAGCUGCAAAAUAUUUCUGUGCAGCUAUACUGAAGGACUCUGAUUAUAAUGAAGUAGAUAGAGCUGAGUGCCAAUUUUCUACAACUUCAACUGUACUUGACAAUGGAUCACAGAGUACUCCCUUUCAUCCACCAAAGAACACCAUAAAUGGUUUCUUCGAAUCCAUUGAAAGCCUCUGGAAUGAACUGUGGAAGGAUUUGAAAGAUUUCAUUACUGGACAAACUUGCAGAAAGAAAUGCUAUGGCUUUUUUGACUUUAAAUGCCACGUUCAAUACAUAUGCAUGAGUUGGAUUGUGAUGUUCGGACUACUUUUGGCAAUCUUCCCAACAGUGUUUGUAUUACUGUGGCUUUUACACCAGAAAGGUUUCUUUGAUCCAAUCUAUGAUUGGUGGGAAGAUCAUUUUUCUGCUGAUGAUCAGAAUACUAGAAUACACAGAAUUCAUGUGCAUCAUCACCGUAUUCAUGAUCAGAAACAUCACAGGAAAGAAUUGAAACAUCACAAGCAUGGAGUUCAGCGGAAGCGGCGAAUCAUUCACAAUGAUCACAAGCACAACCAUCAUGAGAGGGAAUUAGAUUACAAUUACCAUCUUCAUCAUGUUCACAAAGAAAAAGACAAGCAUGGGCGUGUUUGGAGUUCAAGUGUCGUGCAGCAUUUUGAUGACAAUAUAGGGAAGCACAAGAGGAGAAAAGAAAGAGAGACAGAUAGAGGAUACUUAAAAUGACAAGAUAUGAGGAAAUAGAGGAUCACAUACACACUCAACUCAAAGUUGAAAGAUGAUAAAACCUUUUGAUAUCAUAUGAUGAAUGCAUCACUCACUUCAAAGCAACUAUUACAAAGCUUCAUUUUAAUUUUUAAUGUCCACUAAAAAAAACCCUUCUUUGGUAUUUGAAGGUUGUUACUUGUUAGAAGGGUAUCUGAAAACAUGAAGUACUUGGAAACAUAUUUGAAGAAUAGCUCUUUUCUGAGAGUAAAAGAUAAUAGAAAUAUAGAUGUAUUAUUAUAUAUCA